UAUAAAAUUACUAUGAACACCAAUUGUUCACCACACCCUUUUCUCCAUCAUAGAUUUCAUUCACACCGCCGCAAUUCAUUAAUAAAUACAAGAAUUCACUGAUAACCUUCCACCGCCACCGCCGCCGCCGACCCUGAAAUCGAAAUUCCUGAUAAUUCUGAAUUCAUCAAUCGAAGUAACCCCAACAACACUCAAUUUCGAACCCUUUAAUCUCAAUUUGAUAGAUUUGGCUUUUGUCCAUAUCAAUUGGAUCUUAUAAUGUUGCAUACAGAGCCCUCUCUCUCUGUGUACGCCGAUGAAGAUAUGUUGCUUGACAAUAGGAAAGGGGAAUUAAAGGUUAAAGUCGGCAAUGAUGAGUUCAGUUUCGCAGAAAAUAUGGGACUCAGCGUUGAGAAUCAUGAAAACGAUCCAUUGAAUGGAUUUAAGAAAUUGGGUAUUUUGCAAAACGAAGAACAGAUUGAACCAGUGUGUAUCAAUGGCACCGAACGAUUUGACGAAAGUGGCGACGUUGUGGAGAAUUAUAAGAGGAUGUUAGACGAAGAUCCUUCAAACCCUGUUUUAUUGAAGAACUAUGCUCAUUUUUUGCAGUUGAAUGGAGAUGUUAAUGGAGCUGAGGAAUACUAUUUCCGUGCAACAAUGGCGGAUCCUAAAGAUGGUGAGAUUCUGAUGCAAUACGCUAAGUUGAUAUGGGAGCUUCAUCGUGAUCAAGAUAGAGCCUCUGGUUAUUUUCAGAGCGCUGUUCAUGCUGCACCUGAGAACUCCGAUGUUCUUGCAGCAUAUGCAAGGUUCUUAUGGGAAAUAGAUGAAAAUGAAGAGAAGGAUGAAGCCACUACAUUUGGUGUUGGGGUCAAUGAUCUUGAGAGAUAUUACAAGACAAUGGUCAACGAAAGUUGUUGUGACCCUUUGUUACUUACAAACUACGCCCGUUUUCUUCAACAGACAAAAGGAGACCUUGAAGGGGCGGAAAAGUACUAUUCACGUGCAAUACAAGCCAAUCCAGAUGACAGUGAAGCAGUUUCACAAUACGCACAAUUGGUGUGGGAGCUUCAUCGCGAUCAACACAAAGCUAAUGCUUACUUUGAACAAUCAGUCAAAUUAACUCCAUCCAAUAGUGAUGUUCUUGCUGCAUAUGCCAAGUUUCUUUGGGAAGCAAAUAUGGAAGAUUGAAGAGUAACAAUCAAAUAACACACGAAUAAGAUGUUGUCAUAAGAUGAGAAGUUGGAAUCUUGAAUGACGUGACUAUAUGUUUUUUGUACUAUUGUCUCUUUCUAUUUUGAUGAACAGAUAUAACAUGCAAAGAGUUGUAAAAGACCCAAAGCUACAUAAAAAGCAUGUGAUGAUUUGAUUUUUAAA